AUGAAUACAGAUGAUUUUCAAGCAUCAUUUUUUACAUCUAAUCAAGAAAAAUCAGAUCAAAAUUCUAAUAAAUUAUCUAAACAACCAGAUCAACAAAUAAUAAAACCAAUAUGUACACGUUGUGGUACAACACAAUUAAUCGAUAUCACACAUCAUGAAUUUCCUAAACAAAAAGGUUUAUUAUUUGAAUGUAUGUCAUGUGGAAAUAAUUCUCUUCGAUCCAAUGUAUCUGAUGAUGAACGACAACGUCGUUUAGCUAAAGUUGCUGCUGAUCAUUUAAAUAUAACUGAAUGUCAAUUUUGUCCAAAACGCUUUCAUUCAUGUAAUGAUUAUUUAAUACAUUUACAAAAUGAUCAUGGAUCAAAUACAAGAAAAUAA